CAGCCAAUUUGUUUGGUUGCGGUAUGAAAACAAAUUUUAUUUUGACUUUCUGAGACGUUAACGGAGAAAUUUUCGAUCAGUUUAAGUUUUUCAUUUGCCCCGAACACAAGCAAAGAAAAUUUACGAUAUUCACAAUAACAACAACUAUAAUAAAUUAUACAAAAACAAAAAAAACAACAAAAAUAUAUUAUUGAUCAAUAUUAACGAAACAAAAAAGAUUAAAUUAAAAAUUUACAAAAUAAAAAGCUUAAACGGCAUGAUACGAAAAAUAGUUUUGAAAAAAAUUAAAGAAUAAUUUUGUUUUUAUUACCCCAAAAAAAAGCGAAUAAAUUCAUACAAAAUUUUCACAGUGUUUAACGAAAAUUUUAAAUAAACGGGAGCAAAACGUUUAGUAUAUAAAUGUCAAGUAAAUGAUUUAAAAAAACAAAUUCUAACGAAACCCCAAACCGUUAUAACAACAAAACAUAAAUUUAACGAAAAAUUGCAGCAACAAAUAGCGAUCAAUGUACUGUAGUUGAUUUGUUACAAAAAAAAAUAAAAAAAUCGAAAAUUUUGUCAAAGGUUUUCAAGUGUAUGUUGAUUAAAUUCAGUAAAUUAAAGUGAAUUUUUAAAUAUUACAACCAUAAACCGCAAGAAACAAAGAAAGAAAUAAAAUAAAAAAAGUACCAACGCGAUCAUUUAUUACACCAAACAAAAAAAACGUAAAUAAUUUACUCAAGUGCGAAAAUAUAUUUAAAAUAAAGCCUUCUACAUGUAAAACGAAAGUUUAACGAAAACAAAAUAAUAAUAAUAAAAUAUUAAAAAGAAAAUAAAGUUUUAAAAUCUUGAAAUGUGACUAAUAUUACUUAAUACAUUAACAAAUUGUUUAAAACUUCAAACUAAGCAAAAAACCAAAAGAAAAAAAGAUAAAUAAACUAAUAAAAACAGCAAAAAAUAAAACUGCAAAACAAAUUACUAUAAAUAUAAAACAAAAGCUUAAAAUUUUGUUUUUAUUUUCAUUUUUUAAAUAAAAACGCUGAAGACGUUUAAAAUUUGUUUUUAUAUUGUGCGAUAGUGCGUGUGUGUUUGUGAGUGUCUAAACGCGAAUCCUGGUUGAUUACGCAGUCCCGCCCCUUUAUUAUUUAAAUUUAAUUUUUUUAAUAAUUUUAAUUUGUGUACCUACUACUAAUUUAUUAAAACAUCAAAAACGGAGCCCCAAAAGCUACCUAAGAAACCAUACAAAAUGAGUAUCAUAGAUAGUGGGAAAUAUCGUUUGAGAAAGGAUUGGGCCAGUGCCUCUAUACCAUCAUUGGUCGAUAUCGAUGAGCAUGCCGAUGAUGAUGAAUCGGAGAAUAUAACAGAGAAUGUGAAUGCCAAGUUGCCACCACAGAAACCACCGCGCCGCAGUUCAUUGGCCCUGAGUUUGUUCUCCAGCAAAUCGGAUAAGAGUCAAAAGAGACGCAGUUCAAUAGCAACGGCUUUCCUGAGACGUGAUAGUAAUAAGCACUCAUCCAAAGAUUCCUACGAGUCCGCUGUUAAACAUGAAAAAAGUGAUGCCUCCAAUACGCCCAACUCACCCGAUGUUGUGUACAGUUCCGAGGAGAAUAUACGCGCCUCAUCGCCCAAUGAACCCGGCAAGGUAUCCUAUUUCGAUGAUGGCACCAAUAUACGUUGUGUCGUUAAGGGCAUGGGCGUUACCGGUUCCUAUGAUACGCCCAUCGAUAAAGAACGUAAUCGUCGCAGACGCAGCUCAUUGCAAACCAAAUUAGAUAGACGUCGUCGCAAGAACUACGAAGUUAGUUUCUCCACACUGGAGCAGAGUAAUUCACAAACCGAUUUGACCAAUGAUAGUACAACAGGCAUCGGCUCGUCCGUCGAUAUAACCGACGAUGAUGUUGAUCCCAAUCAUACCGCUUAUUUUCCCCGACAAAAACGUCACUCGUGGUGGAAUAUCUUUGUGCCCGAGAAUAUUAAAAACAGGUCACGUAGGGCUAGUCAAGAUGUAUCGCUUAUGUCACGCAGUUUUGAUAAUUUAUCAAUACCAGUACGCAGGAGUAAAUCACGCAGUGUUGAUCAUGGCCUUGCGGCACCUUUCGAUUUGGAUUCGUUGCGCUCAAAAGUCGAAGGACGCUUCGAGAGUGUUGACAGAUUAUCAAAUGAGCGCAAAAAAUCUUCACUACCAACCAUACCCACCGUUAAUUAUACGGUGGGCAAUCGUGAUACCUUGACUUCGGUGGCAGCCCGUUUUGAUACUACCCCCUCGGAAUUGACUCAUUUGAAUCGUUUGAAUAGUUCAUUUAUUUACCCCGGCCAACAAUUGUUGGUACCUGAUAAAAGUGCCAAGGAUAAUGUAUCCACCAGUUCGACAGAUGAUAAAACUGGCGGUUCUAGUGCUUCGGGCAAAUCGAGUCCGAUUGAACGCAAACUAUCGGCUGAAGAGCAAAGUUAUGAUAUCUUAGAAAGUUUACGUCCUGGCUCUCCUAAACCCGGACACAUUGAACGCGUUGACUCCACCGGUCGCACAGAUGCCAAUAAAUCCGAUGAUCCGGUUAUAACACAACGUUUCCUUAAAAUCAAUGUACGCCACAUAACCGAUGGCCAGGGUGUGGUGGGCGGUGUUCUAUUGGUGACACCCAAUGCCGUCAUGUUCGAUCCAAAUGUUUCGGAUCCUUUGGUUAUCGAACAUGGUCCCGAAAGUUAUGGUGUUAUAGCUCCUAUGGAAUUGUGUGUGAAUGCUGCCAUCUUUCAUGAUAUAGCCCAUAUGCGUGUGUCGGGCGGUCCAGCCGAUGGUGGGGCAGCACAAACAGAAAAACCCGAAAUUUAUUAUCCCAAAACAGUAUUAGAUGCCCAAAAGACCAAGGAUGGUGAGGAAGGCAUAGAAGGUGGUGAGGAUAAGGUAGAUGGCAAAGAGAAGCAGGAAAAUGAGGAAACGAAAAUAGAAGAGUGCAAAGAGAAAACAGAUGAUCAAGAGUCUAUAUGCUCAGGUUCAGGUCGUGAGACUGAGAAAACUGCUGAUAAAUCUAUGGAAGCCAAAGAUAGUUUGAAGACUGAGCUUGAUGCUGCCAGUUCUGGCACCAAUGACACCGAAGACGACGAGGCUAAGAAAUCUAACAAUCUUUCCGAUUCUCGUACCACCUUAGAAGAAAGACGUAAAAGUCUGUUGGAUCAUCAUUGGGCUAUUCCUAGUAAAGAUAGAUCAUCGGAAGAUGAGGGCGACAAUGAAUCGAAUACCACAGCCGAUAGUGGAGCUCGUGGUCAAGAUCCUCACUCGGCAACUUCAUCGAUUAGCGGUAUUAUGGCCAAUUUAGCCAGCGGUAAUGUGAAUGCCAUAGAUUUAGAGCAAUUGGAAGAAUUGUCGAAACAAUCGUGUUACGAUUCGGGUAUCGAUAUACGCGAUCCUAUACCAAAUGUACAACCCAUACCAAAGAAAACUGUUUACAGUGAUGCUGAUAUUGUAUUAAGCUCCGAUUGGGUGCCACCCAAGCCCAUAGCAAUAACACCCCUUAGCGAAUCGCCACCAAGAGCCAGCUUAGAUGCGGGCAUGGGUGCGGGCGGUACACGCAAAAAGACUUCUAGUGUCAGUUUUAGUGUAGAUGAUGAGAAUCCCCAGAGCAGCGCUGCUGGCAAUAAUCAAAAUAUUCAGCAAGAUAAAAAUGCUGAUAAAAAGAAUAAGAUGUUGAAACGUCUUUCCUAUCCCUUGACUUGGGUUGAAGGUCUUACUGGCGAUGGUGCUCCCAAUUCUGCAGGCAGUGUUAGCAAGUCUCAGGAUCAAGAAUCAGCUCCCAAUACUGGUGAUUCUAAUCAAAGUGUAUUCUCAAAAGUAUUUUCUAGUUCACCCAUUACUUUGGUCUCAGAGUUGGGUGGUAAUUUAUUUUCAAAAACACCGUCCGAAGAUUCGAGUGGCUCUCCGGUGCCACCACUGACACCACAUUCCACUCAUUCCGAGGGUCACAUUUCGUCAGGACGUUCUUCUAUAGGUACAUUUAUACGUCCUUUAUCUUCGGAGGGUACUGCAUCUACUACCAAGCUAAAGGAUAACAAACAACAGCAACAACCAAAAUUGGAUUAUCGUUCUAUGGUUUCAGUGGAUGAUAAGCCUGGACUAUUUGUCAGUGUCGAUAAACUUAUACCCAGACCGGCACGAGCUUGUCCAGAUCCACCCUUGUAUUUACGCUUGCGCAUGGGUAAACCAGUGGGCAAGGCCAUACCAUUGCCAACAUCGGUAAUGUCGUAUGGUAAAAAUAAAUUGAGACCUGAAUAUUGGUUCAGUGUACCUAAAAAUCGCAUUGAUGAAUUGUAUCGUUUUGUCAAUACUUGGGUUCCUCAUCUCUAUGGUGAAUUGGAUGAGGAACAAAUCAAGAAUCGUGGCUUUGAAUUGAUACAAGACGAUACUGAAUGGACCCAAAGUGGCACCAAGAAAACACGUUCGGGCAGCCAAGAGGGUGAAGAAAUCACCGAUAUAACUAGAGAAUCCUGGGAGGUGCUGUCUAUGAGCAGUGAAGAUUAUCGUAAAUCUUCAAUAUUCCAGACAGGUUCAUUUGAUUUAGAUUUCCCCAUACCAGAUCUAAUUGGAACAACAGAAAUUUUAACAGAAGAGCAUCGUGAAAAACUUUGUGGCCAUUUACCUGCCCGCGCUGAAGGUUAUUCCUGGUCUUUGGUAUUUAGCACAUCUCAACAUGGAUUCUCAUUAAAUUCCCUUUAUCGUAAAAUGCAGAGACUUGAGAGUCCCAUACUCAUAGUUAUACAAGACACAGAACAGAAUGUUUUCGGUGCAUUAACCUCCUGUUCCCUGCAUGUAUCAGAUCAUUUUUAUGGUACCGGCGAAUCCCUGUUAUACAAAUUCAAUCCCAGCUUUAAAGUUUUCCACUGGACUGGUGAAAAUUUAUACUUUAUUAAAGGCAAUGUGGAAAGUUUGUCAAUUGGUGCUGGAGAUGGCCGUUUUGGUUUAUGGCUUGAUGGUGAUUUAAAUCAAGGUCGUUCACAAUCCUGCAGUACAUACGGCAAUGAGCCAUUGGCGCCACAAGAAGAUUUUGUUAUAAAAACACUCGAAUGCUGGGCAUUUGUUUAAAAAAAUAA